AUGACCAAAGCCGACGAAGCUAGAAGCGUUCAAAGCACAAUUCUGGAAAAGUUAUCUCGUAUAGAAGACUACUUACAAAAGUUUAAUACGCAAAAUGACAAUAUCAGCCGUUUAAAAGCGCGUCGAAAUAUUCUUGAAAGUCUCAGGGUAGAAUUUGAAGAAAACCAGUACGAGCUAGAAAAAUUAGAUUCUAAAACAGAAGAAUCUAAAGCGCAACACCGUAGCGUUCGAAUUAAUUUCGAAAAUAAAUAUUGUGAUCUUAUGGGGGAAAUAAUCGAGAUUAUUGAGAAAAGCGAAAGCUCAAAUUCGUAUCAGUCUUCGACGUCCACUUUGCAGACGAAUCAAAACAAUAAAGAAUGUAUUCUAAAUUUACCGGCGUUAAACUUAAAAACAUUUUCAGGUAGUUACAAAGACUGGACAAACUUUGAAAAUUGUUUCAAAUCCGUAAUAGACGAGAAUAAAUCAUUAAAUUAUAGACAAAAGCUUCAAUAUUUAAAAUCGUGCCUACGCGAAGAAGCCCUAAGAGCGAUUGAAUCCUUAUCCAUUAGCGAUGAAAAUUAUUCUAAAUUGUUGGAAAUUCUAGAAAAACGGUUCAAAAACACUAGACUGAUCGUUCAGGAUCAUGUUAUGUCAAUUUUAAAUGCUCCGCUGUUACUCAAAUCUUCCCCGGCCGCACUUCGUGAAUUACUAGACAACGUCAUUACUAAUAUGGCUGCCUUAAAAACAUUAAAAAUUCCAGUAGAAUCUUGGGACGCGUUAGUAAUUCCGAUAAUCGCGGAAAAAUUAGAUUUUAAUUCAAAACGGGAAUGGCAAACGUCCUUAGAUACCAGGGUUCCUACUUACGAACAAUUUAUAACUUUCCCAGAAAAGCGUGUUACGGUUUUAGAAGCUCUAAACAGUUACGGAAAUUCGGGCAAUCAAAAUAAUGCUCAUCCGAAGAGCAAUCAAAUUACAAAACGCACUACAACACAUUUAGCGACUACCAAACCACAACGAAGCUCCUGUUCAUAUUGUAAGUCUAAUGAACAUAUGAUUCAUCAGUGCCCUGAGUUUAUUAAUCUAUCAGUACAAAGUAGACUUGAAAAGGUCAAGCUUAUAAAACUGUGCAUCAGUUGUUUGAGAAACAAUCAUUUUGUCGAAAAUUGCAGAGUAACCACUAAAUGCCGCAAUUGUAAUAAAAAACAUCAUUCGUUACUCCACGUUGACGCCUCAAGCCAACAGGGUAAUACAACUACGCUUAAUAAUGUCUCAACGCACGCUAACCACUCUACCCAUUCAAAUCAAUCUAAUACAGUAUUGUUGGCUACAGCGAUAGUACUAAUCAAAAAUUCAAAAAAUCAAAAUCAGCCACGCAGAAUAUUCCUAGAUCCGGGAUCAAUGUCGAAUUGUAUCACGAAAAAGGCGUGCAAGGAAUUAGGUUUACGGAGCUUUAAAGAAAAUUUUGAAAUUAAAGGCGUAAAUGGUACCACCAGCAACACGACUCAAGUGGUGUUCAUCAAUAUAAAGUCCCGUUAUAAUGGUUAUUCAGCCGGAAAUGUAAAAUGCAUUGUUGUUGACAAAAUUACGGAAAGUUUGCCGCUGGUACCAUUAAACCCAGACGAUUUGGAAAUUCCGAAAGAUGUGCAAUUGGCGGACCCUCAUUUCUAUGAAAGCUCCAAGGUAGACGUACUAAUAGGCGGCGGGCUCUUCUGGUCAUUGUUAUGCGUAGGCCAAUUCUCUCUACCUACUGGAUUAGUGUUUCAAAAAACCCAUUUCGGUUUUAUUGCGGGAGGCCCGUACUGUAGUAAAUCUAAUGCACAUCCUGCAAUAAAUCGUCAUAAUACUUCCGCAAUAAAUACGGCUUAUUGUAAUCUGGCUGUAACCGCUCAAGAUUCAAUGGAAGAACGAGUUGCUAAAUUUUUUGAAGUCGAGGGCGGUAGCACAGGUUUUCAUGAUAAGCAAACCCUAUCUGAUGAAGAGCUGAAAUGUGAAAAACAUUUCAAAACAACAACAAUACACGAUACAAAGGGCCGUUUCAUAAUUAAACUCCCGAUAAAGGGUAAUAACAUAAAGGUGGGGGAGUCAAAAAGAUUAGCAAUGAAGCGUUUUUUUAGUAUCGAGAAAAAAUUUGCCAAGGACGAAAAUCUUAAGACGGCCUAUUCAAAAUUUAUGCAUGAAUAUCUCGCGCUAGGGCAUAUGCAGUUGACGUCGAAUAAUCCAAAGACUGACACAUUAUACUUACCUCAUCAUGCGGUACAUAAAGAGUCCAGCACCACCACCAAAUUAAGAGUCGUUUUUGACGCUUCCGCAACGACCGCAAACGGAACAAGUCUAAAUGAUGUUGUCGGGUCGGGGAGCGUCUGGACGUCGUCUUCGGCGUGGACGGCCCGUCCGUCACGUAGUGGGGGUGAGCACCAGCUCGGACCAGGUAGCUGGUGGCUCGUCGAAGUGGAAAGCUCCGAUAGGAGCUGGUUGCGAAAGGUUAUUCGUGGUCUAGUGAAAGGAAACUACCAAUUCACCAGGAGUCAGUGUUUAUUCUAG